ACUUUCGGCAAUGUCCGUCGACAUUCGAGUGGCCCGAUCUAGCCCGAACGGGUCAAUGUCUGAGGAGGCUUCGAAAAAUUCGUAAGUGGUUUGGUGUUCGUGUGCACGGUGAGAAAGAGAAAACGUCGUUGAUUAUCAAGAAUUGAUUUUGCCGCGUACGUCCAGUUUGCGCCUUUACCCCUUUCCCGCCGCCAGGCUCGAAGCGACGUUCAGUUGUAUAGUGAUUUCACGAUUAUCGAAACCAGAGGUGGAAAACGACGGUAACGACGAUCUCCCUUCGAGCAACGUCGACACGGACGACGACGAAGACGUCCACGUCGGCGUCAGCACGAUUCCUGUUUGUUUCUCCAUAUAGCACAAAAGUGUUUGCGACGAAGCGUGUACUAGCCUGGCAAGUUGAUAACGUCCGGCCUGACAAGUUAAGAAACGUAGGAGUGACGAGUAGUGACAAGAUUCGAAGUAUAUCGAGAAAGAUAGAGCGAGUGAGAAAGAGUGGUAGUGGAGGUAAGAGAGUAACGCUUCCCCCGCACGAUCCAAAACUAGGAGCGUAGAAGUGAGAGAAAACAGUAGAGAGAAUAAGUGAUAGAGAAAGGAAGAAAACGAGUGAGAGAAAGGGAGAAAAAUAAUCAACGAUGGUAUUAGAGCAAAAAGGAUAAGACAAAUAGAAAAAUACAAUGUAACUCAAAAAACUGUAACAGAUAUCGUUGAAGAGAGGAAAAAUUGAAAUUGUCACAAUUCCUAGAGUGACCACGAUUAGAUACAUAAGGAGAUUAUUAUAAACGACGAAGAAAUUCGACCCGUCAACCGGAUCAUCGUGGAGUUGUACUAUAUAGGAAAGCUACCAAGUGCGGCGGUGUGCCUCCACUGGCGAACGUGUACGAACCGUUCCAAAAACGUCAACCCCUGCCUCCCUUCGCGGUAUAGCUCUCCGCAACACUCCGCGCCCUCGUCAAGUUAUUAGGUAGUAGAAUCGCUCUUCGUGCGUGAUAUUCCCUGACAGUCAGCAGUUAAUACGAAAGAUUGUCAUAAAUUGUGUCAAUUCGUUAGUUGGACGCCAUCGACGCGGUGUAUCGUAAUCGGUGGUGAGCAUUCAUCGGAGAAACGAGAAAAAGAGCAUCGAGUGAAUCGUAUCGGCGGGCAAGCCUGUCGCGCGAAGUUGCUUGUGCGAACGGAGCGUAUAACCCAGUGUGCGCUGUGUUACGAUAAACGUUUUGAUCGCGAGAGUCGCUACCGUCACUGCCACCGCCACUAUUGUCAGUGGUAACGGGAGCGUAUAUAUUUGGAAGGAAGUGUUUGACAGUGAUCGAAAAUUUCAACCAACGCUGUUUCUCCAAGAGAAUUUUCUUCUCUUUGUUUUAUAGUGAUUAUAACGAUUGUGAAUCACGGUUCUUCGCCGUGGUUUCCGUUUUCUCGAUCUUGCGCGCGCUUUGCUCGCCCGUAGCUCUUCCUUCCCAUCCAUCCAUCCAUCCAUCCAUCCCUCCCUCCCUCUCUCCCUUCCUCCCACCCUUUCUCUCUUAUUCUUUCUCUCUCACUCUCUCCUCUUCUUUCGCGUGUUAUCCUAUCUCACUCUCUUUCUCUCCCUCCAUCCAUCGAUCGAGCGCGGCCGUGGCGUAAUAUAGAAGAACCGAACCGUGCGGACGUGCAUGCGUGCGUGCGAUGUAAUUAUCGUUCGUGCUGUCAUUGAUGUCCGAGGUGGUGUCAACGACGAUAACAACAACGACGACGACGGCGACGACGAAGACGCACUGCUGGCUAUCUUCACGUGAGGAAGUGGCACGGCCAGCCGAGGCGGCGACCAGCAGAGGAAGAAGCAGAAGCGGCAUAUCAUUCUAAAGUUUUGACUGUCAGGUGGCGGUGGAGAAGCGGGUCAAGAAGAUUUCAGAAUGAGCAGCCGACCGAGGACCACCUCCUUUGCCGAUUGCACUAACGCGCCCUCGAAUCCGCCCCUGGGUGGCAUGAGAGUCAGCAGUCAUCCGGCUGGUGGUGUAACAUUAAAAAAAGGCGGUGUGAUGUAUAAUGCAGAUAGAGAUGGCAACAAAGUUACAACCGUGGUGGCUACACCUGGUGCUGGUCCAGAUCGUCCCCAAGAGAUCUCCUAUACAGACACUAAAGUAAUCGGUAACGGCAGCUUCGGCGUUGUAUAUCUAGCGAAAUUAUGCGACACGGAAGAACUGGUCGCCAUCAAGAAAGUUCUUCAAGAUAAACGAUUUAAGAACAGAGAAUUGCAAAUCAUGCGGCGCCUCGAGCAUUGUAACAUCGUGAAACUGAAAUAUUUCUUCUAUUCUAGUGGUGAUAAGAACAUCUUAAACGCAACUAAUCCAGUUUUUCAUGUGGACAAGGACGAGGUUUAUUUGAACCUAGUGCUGGAAUACAUACCUGAAACUGUGUAUAAAGUUGCUCGGCAUUAUAACAAGAGCAAGCAGACCAUACCGAUUAAUUUCAUUAAGCUGUAUAUGUAUCAAUUAUUCCGUUCUCUGGCGUAUAUCCACUCGCUGGGAAUCUGCCACAGGGAUAUCAAACCGCAAAAUCUUCUCCUCGACCCGGAAUCUGGCGUUCUUAAGCUCUGUGAUUUUGGUUCCGCCAAACAUCUGGUCAAAGGGGAGCCCAACGUGUCUUACAUCUGUAGUCGUUACUAUCGCGCGCCCGAAUUGAUCUUUGGUGCUAUUGAUUAUACUACAAAAAUCGAUGUUUGGAGCGCAGGUUGCGUAGUAGCAGAAUUAUUGCUCGGCCAGCCAAUAUUCCCAGGGGACAGUGGAGUGGAUCAAUUGGUCGAGAUCAUCAAGGUGCUCGGCACCCCGACACGUGAUCAGAUACGUGAGAUGAACCCCAAUUACACCGAGUUCAAAUUCCCACAAAUUAAGGCGCAUCCAUGGCAAAAGGUGUUCAGGGCACGUACGCCACCGGAAGCGAUGGAAUUAGUCGCUGGUCUCCUAGAGUAUACGCCAUCCGGCCGAAUCACACCGUUAGAAGCAUGCGCUCAUCCUUUCUUCGAUGAACUUCGGGAGCAGGGUACGCGAUUACCAAAUGGCCGAGAACUCCCCCCUUUAUUUAACUUUACAGAAUACGAGCUGCGGAUUCAGCCAUCUUUAAACUCGAUCCUAAAGCCGAAGUACAUGCAGACUUCGGAGAACGCUGGAGGCCAGUCAGAACCUGUCGCGGGUAGCAGUGGUAACGUUAGUGAUAAUAACGUGAACGCCACGUUAUCCACCUCAAAGAACACAGACCCCGGCCAAUCGAACAUGGCUUAAGCUACUUUUUAUUCUAACGUAAUUAAUUAAACAACAAACGAGAAAGACACAAAGAGAAAGAAAGAGACGGAAAAACCGAAAGAAUUCACGUGUUAGAAACUAGCCUUAACAGAAAACGAAAAAAAAGGAAAAAAAAAAAAAAAAAAGAAAAAAAAAGAAAAAAGUUCAAGUAGAUCAAGAUAGAAGAGCGAACGAAUGAAAGGAAUAUCGAUAUUCUUUUGAGGAGGAUGUCCAUAAAGCAACAUAAAGCAUACACGAUACAUACAUACACAGUCCCUUAAUUGUAAAUUUUUUCAACUUUAUGCGAAUGGCGAUACCGUCUGGUAUUUUGAGCUUUGUUUGCUUGAAACACGAAUGACGAGAUAUCAUUAAUAGAAUUAUUAAAAUAUAUAGUUCCCCUGUUUGUAACGGGUUCGCCUGGGGAAUAGCCCAAAUUUCGAGUGGCGUGUGCGAGUGCUUGAUUGCCACGUUAUUGCCAAAAAUAACAACAACAACAACAACAACAACAACAAAAUAUUGAAUUUAAUGUGUAUAUAUAUAUAUAUAUAUAUUAUAGGAACUGGCCCGUAACCACUAACUUUAAACGAUAAUUGCUAUAAACAAUGAAAGAAAGAGACAAAACGACAAAAAAAAAAUGAACGCGAAUUUUUUCUAGCUGAGGAGAAAACAAACGAUAUGUACCAUCAUACAUUGUGUCUUGUAGUAUUCACGUCGCUUGUGUCGUCGAUCAUUUUAUCAUUCAACGGAACACGAUACGAACACACACAUACAAAUACACACAUUAAUAGCUAUUAUUAAAGAGAUAUAUAAGAGUUAUUUGCUUUUUUGACACUUGUAUCGAUGACUUUUAAAGAUUUACAGAGGAAUAAGAAAAUCGCUAGGCUUUUCGCGAAGAACGAGUAAGAAAAGUUGCAAGUUCCCUCCAAAAUGUACAUGAGACGAAUGAACCGGGGAAAAGGGAAUGACGAAGAUUCCAAUAAUUAUAAUUGUAAUAAUGUAUAAAAUACGCGGAAACACUUAGGAAUAUUUUUUAUUGUGUUCAAAAUUCGAGCGUUGAUCGAUAUUUUCGUAAAGCAAGAGAAAAAUUUCACGUGGAAAAGUCACGAUGAUUGACAAACAUACACUCACGUACACAACACACACGUACACACGUCACACACAACGCGUUACAAGAAUAAUUUGCGUGCACAAUCUCUAUCUAAAUCGACUAUUAAAGACUAUGUUUCCGACGUGAGAUAUGUUUGCGUACAUCGAUACGAUCGAGAGUAGAAAGGAAGAAGAAAAAAGGAAAUAUGUAUCUGAUGAUCUUGGACGAGACACAAAAGAAAAUUUCUAUUAUUGGGACACGACAAACACACGUGAAACACUCUCGUAUUACGUUCACACACUCGUUCGUGCCUAUUGUCAGCCAUGCCUGGACGAUUCGAAUCGCUAUCCUCUAUUUAAUGAAAUGAACGCUAAUUAACUCGAGUACUUUAUUCGUUACGUAUUUAAUUGUCACACGAUUAUCGUUGUAUAUUCUUUAACGGACUCUCGGCCAUAAACCGAGCGAUAUUUUUCAUCCUACGCGACGAAACUCUACAGAGUGCGAUUUUCUUUUUUAAACCUGUCACAAUUUAUUUUUCUUGUGUCAACAGGAUUUUAGAAAUGUUUGUAACGUUUCUUUUUCAUUUCUGUAUCAGCAUGCGAAGAGCAGACAGUAGUAAGUACAGACUUAUAAAGCGAAUUAUAUAGAUUAUUCUUUCGUACGCAUCACCAUGCAUAUUUUAUAUGUUCUCGAAAGAAACGACGUUGUCGGAUAGAGUGACUUCCGACUUUCCUGAUCGAGAUGUCGAAGAUCGAGAUGGUCGCUUCGUUAAUUCAUUGUCUUGCAGAAUUAUGCGGACGAAAAAAAAAAAAAAAACUAUAAUAGAAGUGUACAAACAGUUUUGUAUGUUUCGCACGAUGAAUUUCGAUUUUUUUAAAUGACACGAAAUUGAUGACCUCUAUGCAAUUGGAUCUUUCGGAGCAUGAGUUGCGCGUGAGUUAGCCGCCAUUUUACACGUUUCUACAUAUCAUAUCGCGUCUCAAGAAACUGCA